GUCUAUUGUACAAAGCAAAUCAACCACAGAGUUGAAACUAGUUUAGAGAAAAAUUAUUUAAGCCAAAAUGGCCAAACGCCAAAGUUUCUUCAUUUUAUUCAUCACCGUUGUAGUUAUUUUUUUAUUUUUAGCAUUUGAGAGUAAAGAGGUAGAAGGAGGUUUGAAUGGCAAUGGAUGGAGAAAUGCCCGCGCUACAUUUUAUGGAGACAUGAAGGGUGGCGAAACCAUGCAGGGAGCUUGUGGUUAUGGAAAUUUAUUCCAGCAAGGUUAUGGCCUGGAAACAGCAGCACUAAGCACAGCACUCUUUAACAAAGGUUCAACGUGUGGAGCUUGCUUUCAAUUAAUGUGUGUCAAUGUACCUAAAUGGUGCAAUCCAGGCCAAGUCAUAACUAUAACUGCCACCAAUUUCUGCCCUCCCGAUUACUCAAAAACUGUAGACAUUUGGUGUAAUCCUCCACAACGACACUUUGAUCUGUCGAUGCCUAUGUUUUUAAAGAUUGCCAAGUACAAAGCCGGAGUUGUCCCUGUUGUUUACAAAAGAGUCAAUUGUCACAAAAAAGGAGGACUCAAGUUCGAAAUCAAAGGGAAUCCUUAUUGGAUUCUUGUUCUUGUUUUCAAUGUGGGAGGUGUUGGAGAUGUUGUCAAUGUUAAAAUCAAAGGAUCUAAGACUGGAUGGUUACAGAUGGGGCGAAAUUGGGGACAAAAUUGGCAGACUUCUAUGCAGUUGGCUGGACAAACCUUGUCUUUCCAAGUACAAACUAGCGAUGGCCGAUGGGCUCAAUCCAAUAAUGUUGUUCCUGCUAAUUGGCAAUUUGGUCAGACAUUUGAAGCAAAGAAUAAUUUUUAACUAAUAACGUAUUGAGGAAAUUGAGUAGUUUUAAAUCAAUAUAGUUCGUAAUAUUUUCUCUAAA